GUCCUGUGUUUCGCAGUGUGUGUGUGUGUGUUAGCAGUAUUUUAUUCUCUUCUAGUACAAGCCUGCAUUUGUUUUAGGCUUUAAUUAAGCCUUACCUUCGUCCUGCAUUGGUUUGUUAAACCCUUUCAUUCUUAUCUCCUGCUACUUUCUUGUAUCAACAUUACUAAUUAAAAACUUUCAGGACAAUAUUUUGUAUACAAGUUUAAGGAAGAGUUUCAUGGCUGAUUCAGAUAGAGAAAAGGAGCUCAAGGCUUUUGAUGACACAAAACUUGGUGUGAAAGGACUUGUUGAUGCAGGCAUCACCAAGAUACCUCGCAUUUUCCAUCAUCCACCAGAUAACUUCAAGAAGGCCUCAGAUUUAGGCUAUAAAGAUUACACUAUUCCUGUUAUAGACCUCGCAAGCAUUCGUGAAGAUCUGAGAGAACGCGAAAGGGUUGUUGAGAGAAUCAAAGAAGCAUCAGAGACAUGGGGUUUCUUUCAGAUUGUGAAUCAUGGCAUCCCUGUGAGUACUCUUGAGGAGAUGGUAGAUGGGGUGCUAAGGUUUUUUGAGCAAGAUAGUGAGGUCAAGAAGGAGUUUUAUACUCGUGAGCUAAGACCAUUUUUUUACACUAGCAAUUAUAACUUAUAUACUACUGCUCCAACUACUUGGAAGGACUCUUUCUACUGCAAUUUGGCUCCUAAUGCCCCUAAGCCAGAAGAUUUGCCAGCAGUAUGCAGAGACAUACUGGUGGAAUACUCAAAUGAAGUAUUGAAAUUGGGGACUUUAUUAUUUGAGUUAUUAUCAGAAGCUCUUGGUCUGGAUCCAACUUACUUAACCAAUAUUGGUUGCACUGAGGGGCUUUUUGCUUUUAGCCACUACUAUCCUGCAUGUCCUGAACCAGAAUUAACUAUGGGAACAGCAAAGCAUUCUGAUAUGGAUUUUAUUACAGUGCUCUUACAAGGCCAUAUUGGUGGCCUCCAAGUUUUUCAUAAGGACAUGUGGAUUGAUUUACCCCCUCUAACUGGGGCCCUAGUUGUUAACAUCGGUGAUUUUUUGCAGCUUAUCUCAAAUGACAAAUUCAAGAGCGCUCAGCAUAGAGUACUGGCCAAUCCUAUAGGUCCAAGGGUGUCUAUUGCAUGCUUUUUUAGCACAGGUCUUAAUCCAACUUCAAGGAUUUAUGGUCCCAUCAAGGAACUUUUAUCUGAAGACAAUCCUGCAAAAUACAGAGAAUUUACCGUUCCUAAAUUUUUAGCUCACCACAGAACAAAAUGUCUGAAUGGUACUUCUCCACUACUGCAUUUCAGGAUUUGACUAGGAAAAUGUCGGUAAAAGAUUCCAUAACCUUAUAUCAUUACCUUUGUUUCAGAGAAUAAUUAUGUUGUUGAAUUGUAGAACUUUCAUUGCAUAAAUUUCUUGAGAAUUUUCAAUGAAAAGUUGGUGUUGAGGAGAUAGCUUGGCGUUUUUGUCAAUUGAUUAAAGUCAUUGGACUGAAUUAUAUAAUUAUUUACAUGGGAAAUUAUAUUGACAUUGAA